AUGUUUUGCCGGCUGAAUGUCCUCAAAAUACCCAGAAAUCUUCGACCAAGCCGAUCCGCCACGACUUUUCAUGGUAAGUUUUUUCAAGUGUUGGUUAAUUGUCAUAUAUUUAAUUACUGUUGACUGCUUCCUAGGCCGUGCAAGUUUUAACCAGAGGACUCAUUUUUAUGGAGCAACUGCAGGAAUAGUUAUUCUUGGUGGAUUAUUCGAAGGUCGGAGAAGGUUCUUCAGAGAAGCGGAAGCAGCAACAGCGAAGACAUCAAGAAAUUCGAGUUUUGAACCUCCAGAAAGGCACGAUCUGCCAACAUUUAAAUUAGCUGAUAUUGAGAAGCAUGGAAAGAAUUCGGACCGCAUCUGGGUCAGAUACAAAACUGUACGUUCUUAUUCCUUUGUCUCCGCACAUUUUUAGGUGUAUCCGUAUAAAAUAUAAACAGCUUUUUUGCAGGGUGUUUAUGAUGUGACCGAAUUUGUGGAGAGUCACCCAGGUGGGGACAAGAUUUUGAUGGCCGGUGGUGGAUCUGUAGAACCUUUUUGGGCAAUUUAUGCGCAGCAUAAGACGAAUGAAGUCAUGGAAAUAUUGGAGACGUUGAGAAUUGGAUCUGUUGAUAUAAAAGAGUUAGAAAGCAUUCCGACGAAGGUAAAUCGCUUUCAAGGAGUUGACAAAGACUGGUUUUAGGCGACGGAUGAAAACGAUCCGUUCAGUCUUGAUCCUCCAAGACAUCCAGCUCUUUUGGUGAAUUCACAGAAACCGUUCAACGCCGAGACUCCCCCAAGUCUAAUUUUAGAUAACUUUCUAACACCUAAUGAACUUUUCUUUAUCCGGAAUCAUAUGCCUGUUCCUCAGGUAUGUAUUAUGUUGCAUCGCAGUGUCUGCUUGACUUCUGCGUUUUCUGUCAGAUUCUGGAUCAGUUAUGUUUGUUAACCGUAAUAUAGUUUUAGACGGAUGCAAAAACGCAUUCCCUUCAAAUUGAAGGCCUCGGUGUGAAAAGACCAAUUCGAUUAUCAGUUGAAGACCUCAAAUUAAAAUACGAACCAGUGAAUGUGGUGUCAGUGGUUCAAUGCGCGGGAAACAGGAGAAAUGACAUGAAUGAAUACAAGAAAGUGAAUGGAUUAAUGUGGACGGGGACCGCGAUAAGCAAUGCGAAGUGGACUGGAGCCAGAUUGAGAGUAUGUUGAGUUCUCUCUGUGAUAGUUUUGUUUAGGAUAUAUUGAUCACAGCUGGGGUUGAUCCCAAAGACAAACGGAUUAAGCAUAUCCAUUUUGAAGGUGCUGACACUGACCCUACAGGAACUAGAUACGGAGCUUCAAUUCCCUUCCACAAGGCCAUGGAUCCUGAUACAAUUAUAGCUUACAAGAUGAAUGAUCAAGACAUCCCAAAGGAUCAUGGAUUUCCCCUCAGAGCUGUUGUCCCAGGGAAUGUCGGAGCUCGUCAAGUGAAAUGGCUGACUUCCAUUAAAACUUCGGAUGUCGAGAGUCCUUCACAUUGGCAGAGAAAAGAUUACCGGUAUGGAUCAUUUAAGAUGUUGGAACAUGAUUGAAUAAGGUGUCUCCAGAAUUAUGCCCUUUUCUAUUUGAAUCUUGGAGAGAAAAUUUGGCUGUUUUUUCUUGACUAACAGGAACAAAAGCUUGGUUUCUGGUCAGAAAAUAGCGUCCUAAAUUUUUGUUUUUUAAGACCAAUUUUGUCCUCCAAAAAUUCGGUCGAUGGAAUUUUGAUAUCUAAAAUCUUUAAAAAAUCUUGGUUUAGCUCGAAAACUGAAAAAGUGUAAUUCGUGGGUGAAUGGGGCGCAAUUACUGAGUCACCCUGCUCUGAUUUUAACCGCAUAUUUCUAGAGCGUUUUCUCCAUCCGUAACACAGGCGGAUAAAAUUGAUUAUGAUUCGGUCCCAUCAAUCCAAGAAUACCCAGUUCAAAGUGCUAUUAUGACUCCGAGCAAAGGCACGAAAGUAUCCAAAGGUAACGAAGGAAUUGAAGGAUUUAUGAGUUAUUUGUGUAGAUGAUGGAACAAUCGAAGUAGCAGGUUAUUCGUGGAGCGGAGGAGGAAGGGGGAUCAUCAGAGUUGAAGUGUCUACUGAUAAUGGCGAGACUUGGUAUUCGGCGGAACUGGAACAAGAGUCAUCGCAGGAAUUGGUAUGUUGAUUUUACUGUCAGAUGCAUGUAAUAACCUUAAUGUUUUAGGAAAGAAUGUGGGCUUGGACUCUGUGGAAAGCGGAUAUUCCAAUUCCGGAGUCUGCGAAGCCUGGAGACACGGUGGAGAUUGUAUGUAAAGCAACGGAUCGAUCUUAUAAUACUCAACCAGAGACCCCAUCUGGACUAUGGAACAUCAGAGGAUUGGUGAAUACAUCAUGGCAUCGAGUAAUGGUCCAUGUUACCGAAUGA